CGCAAAACGCAAGUCAGGUUUUCUGAAAAAGACGAUGUCAAAUUGCCGAGGGAAGUGUUGGCUGCCAACCCGUUCAAAGACAAGGGAAAAUGGCAAACAGCAGCAGACAACUUGACAAGUGCACGGUCAGACUUCAAAGUCGAUGCUAGGCGAGUUAGGGAGAGGACGCACUUGAUGUUAGACCACUUAUGCACAGUAACAAUGGUUUAUCGAUGUUUCUGUUGUUUUCUUGACUUGUAGGGCCUUUAAUAUGUAUUUGUGUUCUCUAAAUUCAGAUCACUCGGAUGAGACAACCCCUACUAAGAGGAGAAGUAGUACCAGCAUACUAGACUACCUCAAUACUAAGUCAGAGCAGGAGGCAGAGCUGAGAAGACAAGAACUGGAUAUGAGGAAGGAGGAACUGAAACUUGAGAGAAAAGAUUUGAGCAGGAGAGAGAAGAGGGGAGACAGAGAAUGGAGCUGGAGAGAGAAGAGGGGACACAGAGAAUGGAGCUGGAGAGAGAAGAGGGGACACAGAGAAUGGAAGGGGACACAGAGAAUGGAGCUGGAGAGAGAAGAGGGGAGACAGAAAAUGGAGCUGGAGAGAGAAGAGGGGACACAGAGAAUGGAGCUGGAGAGAGAAGAGGGGAGACAGAGAAUGGAGCUGGAGAGAGAAGAGGGGACACAGAGAAUGGAGCAGGAGAGAGAAGAGGGGAGACAGAGAAUGGAGCUGGAGAGAGAAGAGGGGAGACAGAGAAUGGAGCUGGAGAGAGAAGAGGGGAGACAGAGAAUGGAGCUGGAGAGAGAAGAGGGGAGACAGAGAAUGGAGCAAGAGAGAGAAGAGGGGAGACAGAGAAUGGAGCUGGAGAGAGAAGAGGGGAGACAGAGAAUGGAGCAGGAGAGCAAAGAAAACACAGCGUUGUUCGAACUCUUACAAAAAUUUAUUGACAAAUAAUUAUUAAGAAUGAAAUGUACUACACAUUCAAGAGAAUGAGUGUGUAACUUGAACUGUACAUGUAACAGAUUUGCAUUGAAUAAAUAUAUAAGACAUUGGAAUAUACAGUUAUCUUUACAAUCAAUAUUUCACUACCAGGGGCAUAGCUGGCGUAUUCGCAAAAGGAAAUUGCCUACUCAUAAUUGUUGUAACAUUG